CCUCCUCCUCCACGCGAGCAGCCGUCAAUCCCAGCAGGCCGCUGUCCGUCACCAACCACCGUGAACCAGCAGCGAUCACUUGCAACCCCGGCGAACCCCUGCUGUCCGGCGUUCAUCAUCGUCAAGCCAUUGUUGUCCGCGCCGCCGCUGCACCUCCAUCUCCGGCGAGCUUACUCACUCCGUUGUCCAUCGUCAGACCAUCAGCGGUUGUCUCUGGUGCCUUCUCGGUCAUCGCGAGGUCCCAGCAGGCCGCCUCCAUCGCCAAACUAGCCGCCCCUCCAGCCGUUAUCGUUAGCCCCGACGAGCGUACUCCCGGCCUCCGAACAACCCGUCUCGGCCAUCAUUUCGUUCGUCGUCGUGUACUAAUCCCGAGAACGGUACCGAAAUACGAUUCCAUUUUUGUUUUUC